AUGAUGUUUUUCCGGUUGCUAUCUGAUAUUCGAUGGCAGAGAGCCAGUCAGAAAUGGGGGAACAGGUCCCAGGCAAGGUGCAACACUUCUGCUGCUACAGAAUCUCCUGUCUCACUUCCCACCCAUGCCCAGGUAGUCAUCUGUGGUGGUGGAAUUAUGGGCACAUCAGUAGCCUAUCAUCUUUCCAAAUUGGGCUGGAAGGAUAUUCUCCUGUUGGAACAGGGCAGGUUGGCUGCUGGCUCCACCAGAUUUUGUGCUGGCAUUGUUAGUUCAGCUAGGCACCUGAGCCUAGAACAAAAGAUGGCUGAUUAUUCGAACAAACUCUAUCAACAGUUAGAACAAGAGACAGGGAUUCAGACAGGUUACAUAAGGACAGGCUCCAUCUUGCUGGCCCAAACUCAGGAUCGACUGAUCUCCUUGAAGCGUCUCAACUCAAGUCUGAAUGUCCUGGGCAUCCCAUCUGAGAUCAUCUCCCUAAAGAGAGUAUCUGAGCUUUACCCACUAAUUAGCAUCCACGAUCUGGUGGGGGCUAUGCAUGUGCCUGAGGAUGCAAUUGUGUCAUCAGCUGAUGUGACUCUUGCAUUGGCAAGUGCUGCCUCUCAAAAUGGUGUUCACAUCCAUGAUCGGACAAAUGUUAUGCAUGUGAUGGUCAAAAAGGGUCGAGUGACUGGAGUAGAAACGGAUAAAGGAUCAAUCGAAUGCCAGUAUUUUGUCAACUGUGCUGGUCAGUGGGCUUACGAGCUUGGUCUGUCCAACGAAGAGCCGGUUAAUAUCCCGUUACAUGCCUGUGAACACUUCUACCUUCUGACUCGUCCCCUGGAGAUCCCACUGCAGAGCAGCACACCAACUGUUAUGGAUGCAGAUGGAAGGAUCUACAUUCGGAACUGGCAAGGUGGUAUCCUCUCUGGGGGCUUUGAGAAGAAUCCUAAGCCCAUCUUUACUGAGGGCAAGAACCAGCUAGAAGUUCAGAAUCUACAUGAAGACUGGGAUCACUUUGAGCCUCUGCUGAGCUCCCUGCUGCGCAGGAUGCCAGCCUUGGAAGCUCUAGAGAUUCUGAAGUUGGUGAACUGCCCUGAGUCCUUUACGCCAGACAUGAGGUGCAUCAUGGGGGAAUCUCCGACUGUGCAGGGUUACUUUGUACUAGCUGGAAUGAACUCUGCUGGAGCUUCAUUUGCUGGAGGAGCAGGGAAAUACCUUGCUGAAUGGAUGGUUCAAGGCUAUCCUUCGGAAAACGUGUGGGAGUUGGACUUGAAGCGGUUUGGAGUUCUGCAGAGCAGCCGAACCUUCCUCCGCCACCGGGUCAUGGAAGUGAUGCCCCUGAUAUCUGAUAUUAAGGUUCCAAGAUGGGACUUCCAGACUGGCCGGCAGCUGCGCACAUCUCCCCUUUAUGAUCGCUUGGAUGCACAGGGAGCCAGAUGGAUGGAGAAACAUGGUUUUGAGAGACCCAAGUACUUUGUUCCACCUGAGAAAGAUUUACUGGCAUUGGAACAUAGCAAGACAUUCUAUAAGCCAGACUGGUUUGACAUUGUGGAGUCCGAAGUCAAAUGCUGUAAAGAGGCUGUAUGUGUCAUUGACAUGUCCUCUUUUGCCAAGUUUGAAAUAAGUUCUACUGGGAAUGAAGCCUUAGAAGUUCUGCAGUACCUCUUCUCCAAUGACCUGGACGUGCCUGUGGGCCACAUUGUGCAUACGGGCAUGCUCAAUGCGAACGGUGGCUACGAAAAUGACUGCAGCAUAGCUCGGCUUAGCAAACGCAGUUUCUUCAUGAUUUCUCCCAGUGACCAGCAGGUCCACUGCUGGUCCUGGCUCAAGAGACACAUGCCUGAGAACGACAUCCUAUUUUUAGAGGAUGUGACCUGGAAGUACACUGCUCUCAAUCUGAUUGGUCCCCGUGCCAUGGCUGUUCUCUCCGAGUUAUCUUAUGCCCCUUUGACUCCAGACCAUUUUCCAAACCUCUUCUGCAAGGAGAUGAGUGUAGGUUAUGCGAAUGGAAUCAGAGUGAUGAGCAUGACUCACACGGGAGAGCCUGGAUUCAUGCUCUACAUUCCUAUAGAGUAUGCCCUGCAUGUGUACAAUGAGCUCAUGAGUGUUGGACAGAAAUAUGGAAUCCGAAAUGCUGGAUAUUAUGCUCUCCGAAGCCUCCGCAUUGAGAAUUUUUUUGCCUUUUGGGGUCAAGAUUUGAAUGCUUACACAACACCCAUGGAGUGUGGACGAGAGUUUCGAGUGAAAUUGGAUAAGGGGAUGGACUUUAUUGGUCGGGAUGCACUGUUAAAGCAAAAGCAGAAUGGAGUGUAUAAACGCUUCACGAUGUUCAUCCUUGAAGACCACGACACAGACCUGGACUUCUGGCCCUGGUGGGGAGAGCCCAUUUAUCGGAAUGGGCAGUAUGUCGGUAUGACCACCAGCAGCGCCUACAGCUACACUCUGGAGCGUCACAUCUGCCUUGGCUUUGUACACAACUUUAAUGAGGAGACCGGGGAACAGCUAGUGGUAACAACUGAUUUCAUUAACCGUGGAGAGUAUGAGAUCGACAUUGCAGGGCAUCGCUUCCAGGCCAAGGCUAAACUUUACCCCUUCGUCUCCCUUUUCGCUUACAAACGACGAAAGGAUGAGAUAGAAAUGAGUGACGUGCACGGAAAGUAAUUCUGGGAGGGAACCCCGUCGCCUUCUUUCUCACACUAGGAUAUCCUACUAGGAUCAUCUCGCCAACUGCUUCCUCCUUCCUUCGUCGUUUCCUAUUCUUUCUCCAUAGUCUAUUCUCCAUUUCUUCACUUUGAAGCUUAUUUUUAAAAUCUUGAGAUUGUUUGAAACUUCACCUACAGUAACUUUUUUUUUGCUUUAAAUUAUUUUUCAUCUUUACUCCAUCCAGUACAUUCUCCCCGUGUUUGUUCCUUUCAGGUCUCCUCUCUCCCAAUUCUGAUGUUGGCAGAUAGCCUAACAGGCUGAACGGAAGUGAAUAUCUGUUGAGCAGAAACAGUUGCACCAUUGUGGCUGCCCUUUGAAGGGUGGCCGUCUGAUACAAGUACUUGCUCUUUGUGCCACCUACAACCAAGAAUAGCUGGUAUUUGCUGGCCUCUAGCUUAGCGUUAACUCUCCUUUCUUCACUUGGGCAUUCUGCAUACCAAUUUCAGUAGUGUGGCCAGAUAUCAUACCCAUUCAGGCUACAUCCAGACAGUGGCUUGAGGAGAUGCUCCUCUUAGGCAGUUCGUUGGGGAUAUUCCAAUUUACAUUUCCUCAUGUACAUUGUGCAGAGGGGUUUGGUGCAAUGACACACUGAGCAAUAGAACGAUUAGCUACCUCAUUGGUGUGAGACUUGAUAAGGGUUUUUAUUGGAGUGAUGUCUCAGAAGAGCAGUCUCCAACUUGGUCUUUGUAUUCUCUCUCAAAGCAGUCAUUGAAGAGGUUUGAUUAUUGGAUCCUCCAGUGGGGGAAAACCCUGCAGGUAACUGUCUGCUGUCUUGAUGGGCUCCUUUAGCUGCACUAGGCUGAGGACAUCAAGUCUGAGCAAAGCCAGGGAUGACAUCCCUGUCAGUGAUAAAAGCAAGUGAUGCUGUUGUUCUUUCUCUCAAAAAGUCUAGUUUCCCCUUCUUGGUUUUCUUUUCUCCAGGUAUGAUGCACUUUCUUUUUGCCAGUUCAGCCUUACUUGGCCUAUCUGUCGUAGGCAUAUAAGCUUCUGAUCCUUUGAGGGAAGAUCAACUGGAAUGAUAUCUGUAUGGCGAGUUCAGUAGUACACCUCACCAGCCACGCUGAGUAAUAGCCAUACCAUUGACCCACUUGGCUCUGUUGAAGAGGGAAGCAUUCUCUCCAAGAACUUGAUUCAUGUGGACUUUGAUCCUGGCUUCCUGUCAUCUUCUCCAUCAAGGAAAUUAUCCUCUAUUACUCGUUGAGUUUUCUUCUUUCUGUUUAUCCUUACCCACUGAAAUGGAAAAUUAGUUUCAGUUUUUGGGUUUGCUUUGUUUUCUCAAGAGAAAAGGUUAAAAAAAAUGUCUUUGCACACUGUUUUGAGUGGAGUAUUUCUUUGACCUUGAAGUGAAACCCCAGAUGCUACAAACUGCUAUGAGAUCUAGCCUCUAGACUUUUUUUCCCCAAUUAAAACUGCUAAAACCAAGGAACAAAGAACUAGUACACAUGAUUCAUGAACUUGGCCUUCUCUGUACCCCUUCGCCCCCUCAAAUCUUGGAAGCAAUAAAUCCAAGGUCUUCAGAACUUAGGAAUAGGGUUGGUUUGCCUUUGGAAUCUCUCCCUUUCCUUCCUUUCCCUACCUUCUGAAUUGUAACACAGUUAUUUACCCACUAAUCAGUCUAGGUCAUUCCUUCUUUAGUA